CGAUGCGGAGGGCAAGAAGUGGACGAGCUCCGGGUGCGAUGCGUUGUACGAAAAAACGGCGGCGGCGAUUGCGGCCUUUGAGCCGGCAUGCUCCAUCGGCGGCGUCGACUCGACCGACUUUCCUUCGCUAGACCCGAAAGAAGGCAUCAAGACCAUUAUUCGUGCGUACGGACUCCCGAGCCCGACAAAGGCAUCCGAGUCGGCGGCCAACACACCUGCACCCACCAAGGCAACCAGCAGCGCUACUGCCACCGGUGCAGGUCUCGCGUUCACGGCCCUGGCCCUUGCAGCGUCGAUGGCCUAG